AUGGACGGUGAUCUAAGCCUGUCGCAGUCCUUUGGGGGUCUGCGGAUUGCUAAUCCAGAUGACUCCUCCGUCAAACCUGGAGACAAGGCUCCAAGUUCUGCUGGCACAACUUCACAUCCCCCCCAAACAAGCUCGCCAGCCACAGCUGGUGACAGAAAUCCUCCUCAGCUUGGCGCAAAUAUCAAUACAGCCGCUAAAGUCCCCGAUCCUUCCUCCCAGACCCAGAGCAACCUAUCAUCCGUAGCUUAUGGAUACGAGAACCCGCCGCAACAGCAAUACUCCCAAUAUGCUGAUCCCAAAUCCCAGACCUCAAAUCCCGCUCCCGCUCCCGCUCCCACUCCCGCAAGUAUUGGCCACCCAAUGUCAGCUUAUUAUGCGCAACCCGUUACCAAUGGGUCGUCAUCCAAUAUGGUCCCCCGGGAAGGAUAUCGACUUCGUACUGAAUCGUCCCCCUUACCAACGUCUGAAAGUCAAUCACGGUCCGAUUCUCGCGGAGGAUCUGCAGCCCUCCAAGCGGGAGUCCCUGUACAAGACAGUAGCCAUUCCGAGAGAACCUACAAGCAAACACAGUUCCACAGCGGGAGCAGCCCGCUCCCACCCCGCCGGAGCUCCCGAGCGGCUCCUAACAAUGGCGCUUCCCCUCUUUCUGGCUCCCCCUAUGGAAUAGAAAAUGUUACACUGUCUAGUAGCGAGGAAUGGCAUGAUCGUGGCGCGGCUGUUGGUGUGAGGCAAGAAAUCGAUGCAAAUGGGAAACCGGUGUCGAGAUACGUGAAGAAGGGUGUCAGAGACUUUUCCUUUGGUCGUACUCUCGGUGAGGGAUCCUACAGUACCGUGGUUGCGGCUACAGAUCGUCAAACAUUAAAGGAAUACGCAAUAAAAAUUCUCGACAAACGUCAUAUUAUUAAAGAAAAGAAAGUGAAGUAUGUUAAUAUUGAGAAGGAUACGUUGAAUCGACUGACCGAUCAUCCCGGUGUCGUUCGGCUAUACUACACAUUUCAGGAUGAGCGAUCCUUGUACUUCGUCCUUGAUCUUGCGAGUGGAGGAGAGUUACUAGGUGUGUUGAAACGCAUGUCGUCGUUCGAUGAAGAAUGCACAAGAUUUUAUGGCGCACAGAUUCUGGAUACCAUUGACUACAUGCACAAGCGCGGAGUUAUUCAUCGAGAUCUGAAGCCAGAAAACGUGUUAUUGGACAGUCAGAUGCAUGUAAAAAUUACGGACUUUGGCACGGCGAAAAUGCUAGAUCGUCCAAAAAGACAGGAAGAAAAUUCAAGCGGUAUCCCCCAGAUGGACUCGGAUUUCCCUGAUCAAGAAGACCGCGCCAAUUCCUUUGUGGGAACUGCAGAAUAUGUCAGUCCGGAACUUCUCACAGACAAAAGCGCCUAUAAAGCAAGUGACUUGUGGGCCUUUGGAUGCAUCAUCUACCAAUUACUAGCGGGACGACCCCCCUUUAAAGGCGCGAAUGAGUAUCAAACCUUCCAAAAGAUCGUUGGUCUCGACUAUGAGUUCCCACCGGGAUUCCCAGCAGUUGCGCGCGAUUUAGUGGAACGGCUACUCGUGCUUGAUCCAUCAAGACGGCUGCAAAUGGAACACAUCAAAAACCAUGAGUUUUUCGACGGCAUCGUCUGGGGCCGUGGCCUUUGGAAACAGAAAGCACCCCGUUUGAAACCUUAUGUGCCUCCGCAUCCUGAACCAAUUAAACUAAAUGGUUCAAACAAAGAUGACAGUUUUCCAUCAAAUAUAACGAAGAUGGGUCUCGGAUCAUCAGGCAACUCAGGAAGUACAAGAAAUUAUCCUCGUCUUGUCACCGAUCUCCCACCCCCCUCUCAACUUGAUAUUGAAUGGUCGCCUGUUUUAACGCGGACAAACGAACGUAUAUUGAAAAUGGGCAAUUUGCUUGUCUUGUCCUCUCCAGCUCCUCAUAACCAGCACGGCAAAAGUGGACACGGAGACGGUGGUGAUGCUCCUAAGAAGUUUUCCCGAUUCUUUGGAGGGAACACGACUAAGAAGCGCCACCGAUUAGUUAUGGUUACAUCUGCUGGCCGUGUCAUUAUCGCACCCGCGGGUGGAGAAGAGAAGAAGGCCAAGAUGGAUAUCUCGCUCUUAGCUCCCGGAGCUCAGUAUCGAAGCACCACCGACGCAAAAGGUUUUUCAUCGUGGGUAGUGGAUACACGAGAAAAACACUACGUUUUCGAAGACGCCAAACCCUCCUCAAACGACGUUGCGUCCUCUGCCCUCUCCACCCAAGAAUGGAUAGACACUCUCGACCACGCUAAGGAACUAGCCGUCUUCCAAUCGGCUAACAACAAUAAUUCCUCCUACGACGACACGCUGCGCGAUAUCUCGUCUGGCGUUUCCAGCAAUGCGAACACGAUUGACAAUUCAGUCGACUUUGCUUCUGUAAACGUCAAUUUGAAUGCGCCACAGGCAGCAGGCGGACGGGCGACGCUGGUUAAGCAUCAUGGCGGCACGGGCGAUGCGGAGUCGGUCAAAGGGAAGAAACGGUUUAGUCGACGGCAUUCGAAAAAUGGAUUGUCGGCGGUCUUUUGA